UUAUUAGAACAUAGUCUCUAGCAGUUGUAAAAUGAAAUUUAACGGUUUAAUAACAAUUUUUGCUCUCAUCGCUUUAUUUGCAAUUCGUUGCUUUGGUCAGGCACCACCGAAUUGUUAUGGCAAUGUUGCUGUGCUAUGUGCUGGAGGUGGACCUAAAGUUAAUGCUCGAGCUGGCUCGGGAGCAUGUGAACCCUAUGACAACAAGUGUUUGGUGGAACAAUUGAAUUGUAUUCGUUAUAAGAGUGGUGAACCAUUGUUAACUCCCUGUUAAGAAAAUAAUUGUUUAUUUAAUUUAAAUUUUUUAUAACUCUUUUAUUCCACUAUAAAUUUUGAAAAAAGCAUGAAUUUUUAUUUUAUUAAUUUUAAUAGAAUUUAAUAUUUGUAAUUUGUUUAAAACCUAAUAACUUUGUCGGGAUGUGAUUUAAUUAUUUAUAUUUAAAAAAUCGCAUGCAAAUCCCUAUAACUUCGGUCCCUAUAACAGGGGUCCAUUUAAAUUAAUUUUAAAAUUUAUUUUUUCUAAAAAUUUUUUAUUUUUAAUUUCACUUUUUCUUACACUUAAGUGUAUAAUUAUUUAUUUAAAAAAUCAAUUUAAAUUUCGCCAUUAGUGAUUAAAGACCAACAUUAACCUUGUUUCAUAUAACAGCAUCUUGUAAGUACAUAGUGUUGUUUCAAAAACCGGAUAUUACAUUAUCAUCAGUUUCCUCCCCAACAAAUUUUCAGCUUGUCUAUGAAGUGAUUUAUUGUAUAUCAGCAAAAAAGUGGAUUUUAAUGUACUUGUUACAAUUAAAAAAGAUAUGUACAUAUGUA